GAGGCUGACUGGAGUGCCGUGUAUCGUGGUCGCGGCCGGGUCGGAGAAGCGGGUGCUCCAGCUCCUCCGCGCCGCUGGUUGGUACAAAGGGGGCGCCAGGUUCCUGCUAGACCAGCGGCCCGGCAGGCUGCGCGACUGCCCGCGUGCUUUCCAGGUGCUGGACGGCGUGGCGGACGCCCUGGAGCAUCUCAGCCUCCAGAGGGCCCUCUCGCCUGGGGCGGGGCGAGAAGCCACCGCCGCCGAGGAGGCCGAGAUGGCCGCGUCGACUGUGGCGGCGGCAGCGGCUGGAGCGGUGCCAGCAGGUCCUGCGCGCGCCGAGGAGCCCUCGCAGCGGCCGCCGGGGCCGCCGCGAGCGGGGGCCCUCGAGGCCGCGGGGAAGCUCCUGGCGCUGCUGCGCGAGGGCGGGGCGGAGUGGCGGAGGUGGCUCCCCUUGCACGAGUACAUGCGGGCGGCGCGCCUGGG